GGCAACAAAUCACACAACAAAAGGAAGUGAGGCCUAAAACGCACAAAUUAUCUAUGUUUUUACAUAACCUCUGGAAUUUAUCAAGAACAAGGUGGUUCUUUGGGUUUUUCGUAGCUCAGGAGAAGCGCUGAAGUCGUCACAGUGAAAAUGAAAUAAACAGACGUAGAGAAAGCAUCUCCUUCUCUUCCCAGUCAGUUUGGUCUGGAUCUGCACAAGUUUCUAAGGCCAUACUUAGGGCCCUUUGGGGCCCAGGAAGAGGAUGCAUCGUGGGGAUAAGGACUUGCAGUCUUCACAACGCAAAAUGGGUACAUCCUUACUUUUCCAGUUGUCCGCUCAUGAAAGAGAGCUAGAUUUGGUAUUUCUGGACCACAGCUAUGCCAAACCAUGGAAUGCUCACCCAGAUGCCAGCAGUGCUCGACCAACAAGGACGCUGUUUGUUAACACUCGCCGCCAGCCUGAAGCUUUGUCAGACUCUGAUUCCCUAAUAGAUGUGGAAACGGUCACACCAACACCUGUGCCUCUAUAUGAUAACCAGAAAGCUCUUAGUGUGAUGAGGGAGUGCGAGCGACAUGUCCUGCUUGCUCGAACAGUUACUGAGAGUCCACCACCUCCUGAUGACUGGGAGGAACAUAUAAACAAGACAGGAUGGUCCGUGGCUCAAAACAAGUUGUUCAACAAAGUCCUUAAAGCUCUACAGGCCGAAAGAUUAGCCCGUCUGGCCAAUGAAAAUGCUUCUAACGAACCAAUUUUGCGAAGGAUAGCUGUGGACAAGUGUGCCAGGAAAGUGCGACAUGCACUCGCCAGCGUGAACUGGGACACCAAACUGACACAGUGGUUACACACCACCAUGAUCGAAUCUCUAAGUCUCACCAUGCUUGCUGCUUACCUGGAUGUGCUGCAAACUCUGAAGAGCAAGCUGCCCUCGCUGAUCGACAGAAUGUUGCUGCCAUCUGCAAAGACAGCAGCUCCAAGUGCAGAGGCUCUGUCGCUGCUUCUGAAACGCCCCUGGGAUCCAGCUGUUGGAGUUUUGGCUCAAAAUAAACCGAGCAAGCUUCCUGGAUCGCCUCUCAUCCUCAUGGCACCAUCAAGCCCAACUAAUCCUGCCCUCUCCACCUCCCGGCGAAUGAGAUUCUGGCAAACGCAGCUCGCCUGCUUGGGAAAGGUCAUCCCAGUGCACACUCAUGUGAACAGUGGGGCCAAUAUUGGCAUCACACAGUGUUUGGAGCACAUGCUGGGGACAGUCAGGGCCAAGGUCAUGGAGGUUCAUAGUCAUUUCCCCCACAAGCCCAUUAUCCUGGUUGGCUGGAAUGCUGGUGCUCUUAUUGCCUGUCAUGUAUCGCUUAUGGAAUAUCUGACAGCGGUGGUGUGUCUUGGCUUCCCCCUACUAACAGUCAAUGGGCCAAGAGGGGAUGUGGAUGAUCCACUGCUGGACAUGAAAACCCCAGUGUUGUUUGUGGUAGGACAAAAUGCCCUACAGUGUGGCAUCGAAGGCAUGGAGGAGUUUAGAGAGAAGCUGAGGGCAGACAACAGCAUGGUGGUGGUGGGAGGGGCAGAUGACAAUCUCAGAAUUAAUUCAGCAAAGAUGAAAUCAGAAGGACUGACGCAGACAAUGGUGGACCGCUGCGUUCAGGAUGAGAUAGCUGACUUUUUGUCAGGUGUCCUUGCACGAGCAGAGGGCCACGGUCAUGGCUCAGGGGAGAUGAGGGACUUGGACACAGAGAAGAAAAAAAGGCCUCGACGGGAUCUUCCCUUUGACAUGGAGAGAGGGCGACCUUCCUCCCCUGCGCUUAGAGUCCCCAUUUCACCUUCAGGUUCUGAGGAUCUCUCCAGUGUCUGUAGCAGUCCCACAUCAAGCCCCAAACCCAAGACAUCUGGUCUCUCUCCAGCACAGAAGUCCACUCUGAUCACAGCCACGCAGAUCCUCAAGACUCACAUGCAGCGCUCUGGCACAAUGCUCACUCACAAGCAGGCACAAGCUCAGUUUGCUGCUUUUAUGAAACAAAACAUGCUUGUGAGGAAAAAUCUUCCUCCUGGCACCCCUCCUUGUAUUUUUGUGCCAGUGACCAGUGAUCAGAUGGAAGGCCUAGACAGGGAUGAACUGCGAUCUCAUGGCAAGAGGAGACAGACACCUAGUCCAAUACCAACCAAAGCAUCCAAGAGGGCCAAGAUUAAGGUCACCAUUGUUUCUCAGAGCGAGUCAUCUGGAGGUACCAUCAACCCUGCUGAAGUGGGUGUCUCUGGGAAACCCUUAACUGUGGCAGUGGGUCAGACUGUGGCUGGUGCAAAGGAACUCUCUGGACUUCUGACGGGCCAGCGGUCUGGUAGUCUCUCAGAGGUGUCUGGUGCCCUGUCCCCAGGCUCCAGCUCAUUCAACAGCGUGCAGCCUUGCAUGGUGUCAGGGUCCUCCACACCAACCCAGGUGCAAGCUCCAGCUGCCGCCCAAGCUCCUUCCGCCAGCAGUCUUCUACAAGGCCUAAGUUUCAGUCUGCAGGAGAUCGUCACCAAAGCUCCUAACUUGCCCUCUGCAGCAGCAAACACAGGCAGCACCCAGGUACUUUGCAGCAAGUCCCAGGGUCCAGUCCUGAGCUCCGUUGGUACCAGCAGCAGUACUCUGCUCCGGGCAGUACCAGUGGUCACCACAGGAGGAGUAGCUAAAACUACUGCCAUCCAUCAGCUGCUCACCAAUGGUGGGCUGGCCAAACUGGCAAGCAGCCUGCCUGGCUUGGCACACAUCACAAAUCAGACCACUGGAGGGCAAAAAGCCCCAACUUCUAUAACAGUGACCCUUCGAGGAGCACAGCCGAAUAGAGCGGGAUCUCUCAGCCAAGCUGGUGAAAUUCAGGCGGAAGCUGGUAUGCAUGAGCCCAAGCAGUGAAAGUCUUGGCUCACUAUAACAUGAUGCUGUGCUAAGAAGCAUCUUGGAGCAACAGCCUGCUGAUGAGACUGUCCCCUCCCUGCAGCAAUGGACACAACUACACAGCAUGCAGAAAAGCAGCUUCGUGUCCUCCAGAGGGCUCCCGUGUUGAGUUGAUGCCAGAUAGUCACUGAUGGCUAUGGCUGAGCUGCUACAAUGUAAAGGAACUUUUACUAUGAGAGGAAACCACAAACUACCUGGACUGUAGUCAAAUGGCUCUGGAAAAACCUAUAACAGGACAAAGAUUCAACAUUUAGAGCUGUUCUGAACCUUACAUCAUAACUAAAGACAAAAAAAAAAAAAAACAUUUUCUGAGUUUAUAUUAAGUUGUUAUCUCUGUUAUAAUGUCACAUUUUAUAAGGCUAGAUUUGAUUAGUGAGAAUGAUCUCAGCCUGUCUGUGGAGUUAUUUCUGAAUAUCUCCAUGUAUAUCAUUUAGCUAAGUUUCAGCCCGAGUAUUGCUUUAUUAACCACAGUACAGUAUUCAUUCACAUUAAUUCAGUAAGUCCUCAGAAUUCUCCUUUCUGCAUGUUUGUCUUUACUUUUCCAAAAUGUGGUUGAAAUGUAAAUUUCGAACUUAAUGACAUUAUUGAUUAUAACCUUGUAAUAGCUGAAGCUGUAAUUUAU